ACUCCGCCCCGCCCCUCUCGUCUUGCCGCUUCUUUGAGCGGAAGUUGGAUCACUGAAGCGCCCAAAAAGAAUUUAGGGGAAGACGUGAUUUUCGCUUGAGGCAUUUUUGCGGCGCUGUGCGCUACAGACACCUUCUGGAAGCUGCGGUGGGAAAACUGAGUUUCCCGAGCCGUUGAGACAGAUGGGAUUCAGCACCGCGCGGGGACGACAGGAAAUCUGCGGCUGAAGAGAACUGCGGACUUGGCAGGAGUCGCCUGAGGAGCUAAGAUCCCGGAGACUCUUAGCCCCCGUGGUGCUUCUCUGCGGGAGGGAGGGAGGGAGAAUCCGGCCGGACAGAUCUGCGCGUAUACUGGAGCCGGCCCAGUUGUGAACUAGGAGAGCUUUGGGACCUCUGUCCCAAGCAAGUAAGAACUUUAGCCGUAGGAGAUGUAAAUAAAGUAGUAUUUAAAGAAGCAUAGGUACCCAACUGUUACUUUUUACUCUUUCUCCAGUCCUACUUCUUAACGUUUUUUUGAAUUUGUUACUGUUCUCAGCAUAUUGUCUCGUUUGAGAAGGGUAUGGCACGCAGCGUUGUUGAAGGAGCGCCUCAGCUUGGGAGGCUGAAAGUUUUAUCUCUGUACUGUCAACAAACAACUUUGAUCUUGAUCGGUUUGCUUAAUUUCUUUGAGCAUCAGUUUCAUAAUGUGUAAUGCCUAAUUAUUGGAGCCCUGUCAUGCCGUUAAAUCGUGAACUUUCUAGGAGAGAUGAAUGGAGAGUAUAGAGGCAGAGGAUUUGGACGAGGAAGAUUUCAAAGCUGGAAAAGGGGAAGAGGUGGUGGGAACUUCUCAGGAAAAUGGAGAGAAAGAGAACACAGACCUGAUCUGAGUAAAACCACAGGAAAACGUACUUCUGAACAAACCCCACAGUUUUUGCUUUCGACAAAGACCCCACAAUCAAUGCAGUCAACAUUGGAUCGAUUCAUACCAUAUAAAGGCUGGAAGCUUUAUUUCUCUGAAGUUUACAGCGAUAGCUCUCCUUUGAUUGAGAAGAUUCAAGCAUUUGAAAAAUUUUUCACAAGACAUAUUGAUUUGUAUGACAAGGAUGAAAUAGAAAGAAAGGGAAGUAUUUUGGUGGAUUUUAAAGAACUGACAGAAGGUGGUGAAGUAACUAACUUGAUACCAGAUAUAGCAACUGAACUAAGAGAUGCACCUGAGAAAACCUUGGCUUGCAUGGGUUUGGCAAUACAUCAGGUGUUAACUAAGGACCUUGAAAGGCAUGCAGCUGAGUUACAAGCCCAGGAAGGAUUGUCUAGUGAUGGAGAAACAAUGGUAAAUGUGCCACAUAUUCAUGCAAGGGUGUACAACUAUGAGCCUUUGACACAGCUCAAGAAUGUCCGAGCAAAUUACUAUGGAAAAUACAUUGCUCUAAGAGGGACAGUGGUUCGUGUCAGUAAUAUAAAGCCUCUUUGCACCAAGAUGGCUUUUCUUUGUGCUGCAUGUGGAGAAAUUCAGAGCUUUCCUCUUCCAGAUGGAAAAUACAGUCUUCCCACAAAGUGUCCUGUGCCUGUGUGUCGAGGCAGGUCAUUUACUGCUCUCCGCAGCUCUCCUCUCACAGUUACAAUGGACUGGCAGUCAAUCAAAAUCCAGGAGUUGAUGUCUGAUGAUCAGAGAGAAGCAGGUCGGAUUCCACGAACAAUAGAAUGUGAGCUUGUUCAUGAUCUUGUGGAUAGCUGUGUCCCGGGAGACACAGUGACUAUUACUGGAAUUGUCAAAGUCUCAAAUGCGGAAGAAGGUUCUCGAAAUAAGAAUGACAAGUGUAUGUUCCUUUUGUAUAUUGAAGCAAAUUCUAUUAGUAAUAGCAAAGGACAGAAAACAAAGACUUCUGAGGAUGGGUGUAAGCAUGGAAUGUUGAUGGAGUUCUCACUUAAAGACCUUUAUGCCAUCCAAGAGAUUCAAGCUGAAGAAAACCUGUUUAAACUCAUUGUCAACUCGCUUUGCCCUGUCAUUUUUGGUCAUGAACUUGUUAAAGCAGGUUUGGCAUUAGCACUCUUUGGAGGAAGCCAGAAAUACGCAGAUGACAAAAACAGAAUUCCAAUUCGGGGAGACCCACACAUCCUUGUUGUUGGAGAUCCAGGCCUAGGAAAAAGUCAGAUGCUACAGGCAGCGUGCAAUGUUGCCCCACGUGGCGUGUAUGUUUGUGGUAACACCACGACCACCUCUGGUCUGACGGUAACUCUUUCAAAAGAUAGUUCCUCUGGAGAUUUUGCUUUGGAAGCUGGUGCCCUGGUACUUGGUGAUCAAGGUAUUUGUGGAAUUGAUGAAUUUGAUAAGAUGGGGAAUCAACAUCAAGCCUUGUUGGAAGCCAUGGAGCAGCAAAGUAUUAGUCUUGCUAAGGCUGGUGUGGUUUGUAGCCUUCCUGCAAGAACUUCCAUUAUUGCUGCUGCAAAUCCAGUUGGAGGACAUUACAAUAAAGCCAAAACAGUUUCUGAGAAUUUAAAAAUGGGGAGUGCACUACUAUCCAGAUUUGAUUUGGUCUUUAUCCUGUUAGAUACUCCAAAUGAGCAUCAUGAUCACUUACUCUCUGAACAUGUGAUUGCAAUAAGAUCUGGAAAGCAGAGAACCAUUAGCAGUGCCACAGUAGCUCGUAUGAAUAGUCAAGAUUCAAAUACUUCGGUACUUGAAGUAGUUUCUGAGAAACCAUUAUCAGAAAGACUAAAGGUGGUUCCUGGAGAAACAAUAGAUCCCAUUCCCCACCAGCUAUUGAGAAAGUACAUUGGCUAUGCUCGGCAGUAUGUGUACCCAAGGCUAUCCACAGAAGCUGCUCAAGUUCUUCAAGAUUUUUACCUUGAGCUCCGGAAACAGAGCCAGAGGUUAAAUAGCUCACCAAUCACUACCAGGCAGCUGGAAUCUUUGAUUCGUCUGACAGAGGCACGAGCAAGGUUGGAAUUGAGAGAGGAAGCAACCAAAGAAGAUGCUGAGGAUAUAGUGGAAAUUAUGAAAUAUAGCAUGCUAGGAACUUACUCUGAUGAAUUUGGGAACCUAGAUUUUGAGCGAUCCCAGCAUGGUUCUGGAAUGAGCAACAGGUCAACAGCGAAAAGAUUUAUUUCUGCUCUCAACAACGUUGCUGAAAGAACUUAUAAUAAUAUAUUUCAAUUUCAUCAACUUCGGCAGAUUGCCAAAGAACUAAACAUUCAGGUUGCUGAUUUUGAAAAUUUUAUUGGAUCACUAAAUGACCAGGGUUACCUCUUGAAAAAAGGCCCAAAAGUUUACCAGCUUCAAACUAUGUAAAAGGACUUCACCAAGUUAGGGCCUCCUGGGUUUAUUGCAGAUUAAAGCCAUCUCAGUGAAGAUAUGCACGCACGCACAGACAGACAGACACACACACACACACACACACACACACACAGUCAAAUACUGUUCUCUGAAAAAUGAUGUCCCUAAAGUAUUAUAAUAGGAAAAAAGCAUUAAAUAUAAUAAACUAAUUUAAGAAGUGAUAAAGUCUCCAGAUGCAGUAGCUCACACUGUAAUCACAGCGACUCAGGAGGCUGAGGUGAGAGGAUUCCUUGAGGCCAGGGUUUGAGACCAACCUUGGGCAACAUAGCAAGACCCCAUUUCUUUAAAAAAAAAAAAAAAAUUUAAACUUAGCUGGGUAUGGUGGCACAUGCCUGUAGUCUCAGCUACUUGUGAGGCUGAGGCAGGAGGAUUCUUUGAGCCCAGGAGUUUGAGGUUACAGUGAGCCACAAUCACACCAAUCACUGCACUCCAGCCUGGGCAAUAAAGUAACUCUUGACUCAAAAAAAUAAAAAAAAUUGUAGUGGUAGCCAUGUGUUAAUUGUUAAAUAAAUUCUCCAAAGGGCUAAAAGUAAAUUACUUAUAAAUUUUUUAUAGUUAUAUUUUUGACCUGCCUUUUAUAUGUAUGAAUAUUUCAUAGUUUUGCAUAUCAGAUGUAGGCAUACAGACAAAUACAUAAACCAAUGAAUAUAUUACAUAUUCUGUGUUCCAAUAAAACUUUAUUUAUGGACACUAAAAUUUUGAACUUCGUAAAAUUUUCCCAUGUCAAGAAUACAAAAUACUUGAGUUUUGUUUUUAGCUAUUUAAUAAUAGGUCUCAUUUAUUCCACAGGCUGUAGUUUGUAGUCUUGCUUGAAACAUUAGAAACAGACUGAUUAAGCAGGAGAAGUUUUUUGAAAGUAUUUUGUUUGGCUCACGGAAUUAUUAGAAGGCAGGUGAACCAGGAGGGUAAGCUUCCAGCAGCAAUUUGUAAAACCAUGCCUUAGAAUUGGACUAAGGAAGAAGCUGCUGACACUCCACUGCCACACAGGGCACUGGAAGAAAGUGCUGCUGCCUCCCUGCCCCACCUUUGCCACUUCUGCAGCAGGAAUAGGUAGAAGAAUGCCCCCACCUGCACCGGAACAGCAACAAAAGGAUUCUGCAUGAGAUGCCUCCCUAAAUUGCUGAAUUCAAAAAAGAAGUCGCAUACAAAGACAUCUGAUUGAAAAAGGGUUAUGUUAUAUGUCCCUUUCAUAGGCUGCUAGGGAGUUUUCCUCGUUCUACUUUCAGGUGGUGGGAUCAAUAAGACAAGAAUUCUCAUAUGUUGUGAGAGGAUUCAAAUGUUACAGGGUUGCCAGCCAAACUAUCAAUCAUGUAUAAAUCCAACAAACACUUUGUAGCAUACAAGAACUCAGGAAAUGUGAACCAUUGUUGGAGAAUCUACUAAAAUACGGCUUCCCGCAAACGAAGAUGAAUGGAAAAUGUAAAUAAAAAGAACUGGCAGUGUAUAUCAGAUGUUUAACUAUAGGACCAGAAUUAAGAUGUGGAGACUAUUGCCAUAGACCACAAUGUAAAUUUUUAAGUGAAGAAGGAAAAAUCAGGAAUCAAAAGGGGCCAGGUGCAGUGGCUCACAUCUGUAAUCCCAGAGCUUUGGGAGUUCUAGGCAGGAGGAUCACUUGAAGCCAGUUUUGAGACCAGCCUAUGCAACACAUUGAGACCCUAGCUCUACAAAAAAUAGAUUAGCUGGGCACGGUGGUGCAUGCCUAUUGUCCUAGCUACUGUGGAGGCUGAAGUAGGAAAUCACUUGAGCCCGAGAGUUUGAGGUUACAGUGAGCUAUGAUUAUACCACUGCACUCCAGCCUGGGCAAGAGAGCAAGACCUUGUCUCUUAAAGAAAAAAAAAAAAAAAAAUGGAGAAAGUAGAUAGUAGUAUAAAUAUAGUGAAGUCUUUAAAAGCUGGGGGUUAAAAGAUAUUUAAAGCAAAUAACUCAGGCAUGGUGGUGUGUGCCUGUAGUCCCAGCUACUAAGGAGGCUGAGGCAGGAGAAUCACUUGAACCCGGGAGGCAGAGGUUGCAGUGAGCCAACAUCGUACCACUGCACUCCAGCCUGGGCAACAGAGUGAGACUCUCUCCAAACUAAAUAAGAGAUAUUUAAAGCUGAAAAAAAAAUCUAUUAAUAGAAUUUAAAACAUUUCACAAAAGUCAACACAUAAAUAACAUCAACCAAAAUAAAGUGGUAGAAGAGAAAAUAUACUAAUUUAUUGUUCAAAGAGGAAAAUAAGUCUCAAAGGUUAAGGCUAUUAUAUAAAUUUAUUUUUUAAAAGACAUAAACCUACAUUUUCAGAAGAAAUUGUUCCAUGUUUCCUUACAUUAUGUAUUUAGCAUCCAUUAAUCACAGGGCCAAACUAACAACAAAAGUUGUUUAGCUUUCCCUUAGAAUCCAGCUUUUAUGGGUGUGCAAACAUCACAUUACAGUCCCUCCAACCACAGACCCCAACAUAUAGUAUUUCACUUCCUGCCCAAUAGUGGGUGUCCCCACACCUUUCAACCACUGUAGCAACAAAGCUCUGGCCUAGGCUUUUCACUUGCUUCUUUACUGCCUGACUGAAUUUGGUGUUUCCUCAUGUGGCCUGGUGUGGCAUGGCAUGCCCUCUUGGGAGAUGAAAGUAAUCUCCCAUAGGCAGUUGUUUCUGUGUCACCAUUGCUGAUUAAAACAAAUCCUAAGUACAAAUGUCAGAACAGAAACAUGCAAAGUCAGAACAGAAACAUGCAAAGCAAGAAAACAUUACAUCAUGAAAGUUUCUUUUUCUUUUUCUUUUUUUUUUUUUUUUGAGACAGAGUUUUGCUCUUUUUGCUCAGGCUGGAGUACAGUGGCGCGAUCUUGGUUCACUGCAAUCUCCGCCUCCUGGGUUCAAGCGUUUCUCCUGCCUCAGCCUCCCAAGUAGUUGGGAUUAUAGGCAUGUGCCACCAUGGCUAAUUUUGUAUUUUUAGUAGAGACGGGGUUUCUCCAUGUUGGUGAGGCUGGUUUUUAACUCCCGAACUCAGGUGAUUGCCUGCCUCAGCCUCCCAAAAAGUGCCGGGAUUACAGGCGUGAGCCAUUGUGCCCGGCCAAAAGUUUCUUUUUUUAAGAGAUGGUGGUCUUGCCAUGUUGUCCAGUAUGGACUUGAACUACUCAGCUCAAGCAGUCCUCCCACCUCAGCCUCCUGAAUAGCUGAGACUACAGGCAUGCACCACUACACCUGGCUGCGAGAUGAAAUUUUAAGAGAUGGGGGUCUUGUUCUGUCGCCCAGGCUGGAGUGCAGUGGCAUGAUCAAGCCUUGAUCUCCUGGGCUCAAGCAAUCCUCCUACCUCAGCCUCCUGAGUAGCUGGAACUACAGGAAUGCAACACCAUGCCCAGCUAAUUUUGAUUUUUAGUAGAGAUGAGGUCUUCCUUUGUUGCCCAAGCUGGUCUCAAACUCCAGGGCUGCUUGAGUAGCUGAGACUACAGGUGUGAGCCACCAUGCCCAGCCUCCUCUCUUUUCCAGUAUUGUGUUAAGUAAAUUGUAUUGGUGGUAAUCAACUUGAUCAUUUCAUUUUUAGGCUAGAGAUAUCAAGGUGAGGAUAUAACUGAACGAGAAGAGGAAUAAACACCACCCUGUGAUUGAUGGAUCUUUAUAGCUCUCCUUUGAUAAAGAAGGGAAAUAUCGUACUUACAUUAGCAUGUUAUAGUUGCUGUUGUUAUACAGAAGAAUAUUAAACAAUAUUCAUAUAUUGUUUAUGAAUGCAUUGAAUUCAUAAACAAUGGUGUGGAUAUUGACUAGCCAAAGAGGUGGAUAAAUGUAGAUACAAUGAUACGGUGAUUUGGUAUUCAGUGUCCAUUCUGCUCUCCUAGUGUGCCUUCCUAUAAUGCAGGGGCUGGAAGGUGAGAAAAUAACCACAUUUCCCAGACUCCCUUUGCAGGUAGAUUUCCAGAUGUGAAUUGGGUUCCACUGAUCAGACACCCAUGUGUGAGAUUUGGAAUGCAGAACUGAGGAGAGAGCCAUCUUCCUCUUGCUUGUGUUCUGGUGGCAUGUGUGGUUGAGGAGACAUUUAAUUUCCCUGCAGCAGAAUUCUUGCAGUCAGUUGUUGAGGCAAGUGGCGUGGUGGAUGCAACCCUGAUUCUUCACUUUUCUCAUUAUUGUGGGGUAGCAGCGCCUCUGGCAAGCCAGACAGACCUGCAGUGUUUUUCUGGGAGUUAAUUCUGGAGACCCAGUAUGGAACCCACUCCUAGCCCUUGUGACAAUAUUGCAAGCAUCCAGUUCCCUGUUUUACAGUCCUUUUAAAUGUGGCUAGCUACAGUAGUUUGUGUUUCCUGCAACUAAUCACUCAUACAUCUGUAUCUAAAGCACUCCACCUGGGUCAUGUACUAUACUUAAAAUUAUAAGGCAAUAUUAAUUCACAAAACUACCUACUCGUUUUAUUUAACCCUCAGAAGAACUGAAAACAAAAGCUAUACCAGGCUUGCUCUAGAGCGUGGGCUUGGGAAUGGAAAGGCAGAGUGCACCUAUUGAAUUCCAUCAUCAGUUUUUCUAUAUCAUGGAGUUACUUACCAUGUGUAUACAUAACACUGAUUAAAAAUUUAAAAAAAAGGUUAAAACAAAAACUGAGCCAGGUUCUGACAUUUAAAUCAGAAUUAUUCUUAGUACAUAGACUUGCAAAGUCACUGAAUAAUUCCUUGGGACUACAGACUCUUAGUCUUUGCUUCUAGAAAUGUAUAGUAAUUUCAACAUGUCAUAUAUAUAGAGUAUAUAUGUAUAUAUAUAUACACACACACACUAUAUAGAGUAUAUAUAUACACUCCAUAUACAGUAUAUAUACUAUAUAGUGUGUAUAUAUAUAUACACACUCUAUAGAGUAUAUACACUCUAGAGUAUACACUAUAUAGAGUAUAUAUAUUAUAUAUACUAUAUACUCUAUAAUAUAUACUACUCUACAGUAUAUAUAUACUAUAGAGUGUAUAUAUAUACUAUAUAGAUAUGUAUAGAGUAUAUAUAGUCUCUAUAUAUGCACUAUAUAUAGUCUAUAUACUCUAGAGAGUAGAGUAUAUAUACUCUUUGUCUCCAUAUAUAUAUAUAUAUAUAUAUAUAUAGAGAGAGAGAGAGAGAGAGAGAGAGAGAGAGUAAUCAGCUUCCUCAGGUUGAAACAUCUAGAUAUAUUGAAAACACUGGGUAGUCUGCAAACUCCUCUUCCUUAGAGAAUGUAUAUUAUCUUUAGUAUUAAAAUGACUCUUCUAAGUCCUGAGAAGCACCUCAGAACACUGCAUUCACAUGUUUGCUAGGCAGAAUAGUACCCACCCUGCAAGACAUCACAUCCUAAUGCCCAGAACCUGUGAAUAUGUUAGGUUACAUAGCAAGGGGAAAUGAAGAUUGCUAAUCAGGUGACCUUAAAAUAGGGAGAUCAUCUUGGAUUAUCUGCAUGGGUCCAAUAUAAUUAGAAAGAACCUUUAAAGUGGAGGAGGGAGGCAGAAGAGAGCCAGAGGAAGAUGUGACUACGGAAGAAGGCACAGAUGCAGCAUUGCUGGCUUUGCAGAUGAGGGAAGGAGGCCUUCAGCCAAGGACUGUGGGUGGCUCUAGAAUCUUUUUUUACAUCUCAGUAUGUAUGCCACAGUUAAGGUUUUUGUUUUUUUAAUUUUUGAGAUGGCGUUUCGCUCUGUCAUCCAUGCUGGAGUGCAAUGGUGAGAUCUCAACUCACUGCAACUUCCGCCGCCGGGGUUCAAGCAAUUCUCCUGUCUCAGCCUGAGUAACUGAGAUUACAGGUGCGUGCCAUCACGCCCGGCUAAUUUUUGUAUUUUUAGUAGAGACGAGGUUUCACCAUAUUGAUCAGGCUGGUCUCGAACUCCUGACCUCAGGUGAUCCGCCCACCUCGGCCUCCCAAAGUGCUAGGAUUACAGGUGUGAGCCACUGUGCCUAGCCUCACAGUUAAGGUUAUUAAACUGAUUUAACUGCAUAAAAAAUGCUCGCUUGUGUGGCGACAUGGUUUUUAAAAAUGUAAACAGAGCUGGGCAUGGUGGCUCACAUCUGUAAUCUCAGCACUUUGGGAGGCCGAGGCAAGAGAACUGUUGAAGGUCAGGAGUUGGAGACCAACCAGCCCAGGGAAUAUAUAGGAAGACCCUAUCUCUUAAAAAAAAAAAAAAAUUACUUGGGCAUGGUGGCAUGUGCCUGUGGUUCCAGCUACUCAGGAGGCUGAGGCAGUAGGAUUGCUUGAGCCCAGGAGUUUGAGGCUGCACUGAACCAUGAUCACACCACUGCAUUCCAGACUAGGUACAGAGCGAGUCUAUGUGGAGUGCAAUGUCUCUAAAAAAAAAAAAAAAAACAAAACCCAAAAUAUAAACAGUAAGGACUAUGAAGUAUGUACAGGAAAUUAAUAGCUGAAGAAUAUUUUACCAUGUUCAAAAACAAAAUUCUUCAUGUGGCUGAGAGAAGAAAGAAAAAAAAUGGUAUGUUUGUGUUCCAUUUGCAGGUAUUACAUAAACCCAUUUUAAAUGAACUAAAAUGCCUAGGAUUUGGUGGGGGGGAAAUUAUCUUGUGCUCGCAUUUGAAGGUUCUUCUCAGAAAUAAACUGUUUAAAGAGA